AUGGACGAUGUAAACGAGAAGCUUUUACCAACUGCACAGCGCCCACAGGUAGAUGAUGGUAGUAGGCAUGCAUUGAGUGGAAACAUUGUAUCUUUUAUGGGCUGCAUUCAACCGAGUCGGCUGCGACUAGCAGCUUGGCUGAUCUCCAUCUCGUCGUUCAUGUGGGGAUUUAGUGCCACCGUGCUGAACGAGCAAGAGCUCGCAACGGCACUUGUGGUGGUAGGUUGUGUGCUGUCUGCGGUCAUCUCAGGCGGUGUUGGAGCGCGCAUAGGUCAAAAGAAAACCAUACUUAUCAACAAUAUUUUGUAUGUUAUUGGUGGUGCCUUAUGUGCGCUCGCAACUUCUAAACGCGAGCUAUAUGCCGGUCGAGUUAUCACUGGACUGGCAUCGGGUGUUGUGACCAACACGGUCCCCAUUUUGCUCAAGGAGAUAUCGCCCACUGUAUCUAGUGGAGAGAUAACGUCACUUCAUCAGCUAAGUCUAACGAUUGGCAUGCUAGUAUCAGCUGUACUGGGCUGUAUCAUUAUAUCCAAGGUGCCCUCAGGUUGGCGAUAUCUUAAUGGAUUUAUGAUCUUGCCACCGUUAAUACAGUGCAUCAGCGCGUCUUCAAUGCCUGAAAGUCCGUGGUGGCUAAUGAAGAAUUGUGGUCGUGAAGACUGCCGAGCGACACUAACAUUUCUGCGCUCAGACUAUCAAAAAGGCAAUAUUGAAGCAGAGGUGGUGGAAAUCGCACGUGUAAUGGAGCAUCGGAAGCACGAACCUCACGUCACCUGGUCACAUCUUCUGAUGCACAAAAGAGUCAUGAUCACCGGCACUAUCCUCGUUUUUUUUCAGGCUAUGACGGGCAUUAAUACGGUGAUGCUGUACUCGGCCAAGAUUUUCGGUUUCGCGGGAGUGUCCAACCCGUUUCUUGCCACGAUUGUUGUAGGCCUUACCAAUGUUGGCGUCACUAUAUUAACAACGCGCCUUGUUGACUCGUAUGGACGCCGUCCGCUUCUCAUUGUGGGAACGAGUAUAAUGACGUUUGCACUUGGAGUACUUAGCUGGUCACUACUUUGCCUCGACAGCAAUCUUGGAUUUCAGGGCAUAAUUGCGGUGAUGUCAGUGCUUUCAUUUGUUAGCGGCUUUGCCGUUGGUCUGGGCGCUGUCGUGUGGGUCAUCCUGGGUGACAUUACGCCAGUGCACAUUCGCCCGAGAGCGUUUGCUUUCUUUAUGGUCGUAUCUUAUCUUUGCAAUUUACUAAUUGCGGUGUUCACACUGUCUGCCAUUAGCUUUUUAGGACGCGGGGUCAACCCUGAAAAGAAUGGUAUCGCCAAGCUCUAUUUGAUUCUAAGUGGCGUUGCUGCUGUAUGCCUUGCAUACGUUUACUUUUUUGUUGGUGAAACGCUGCACUUAAACUCGAAUUUAGUGAUUGUUGCUGAUGAUCAAAAGUCACUUCUGACGGAGAAAGCAAACGAGGUUCCCCGCCAAACGACUACACUUUAA